GCACGCGCCGCCCCUUGCCCCGAUUUUGUUUCCUCUUCCCCAUGCCCUACAGAAAUACUCUAUAAAAUAGAGAGAGGCGAGCCGUCGUCGAUCCACCGCUCAUAUCGACGUUGAUGGUUAACUCCGCUUCUACCCAUCUUAACGAAGACGAAGAACCGAUGGAAUUUGAAGAAGAAGAGGAAGUUAUGGACGAAAUCGAAGUCGAAGAUGAAGGAGAACAACAGCAACAGCAACAAAAUGAAGAAGAGAAAUCGCAGGGAGACAAUGGCGCAAAAGCAGCGCAGGCACAAGAAGAGCAGGCGGCGAAGAUAAUCACAGAUCCCCCGUUGGCGCUCCUCCAAUCGCUGAAUGGUCUCUUCGAUCUCAAUUGCGCCCUUUCGGAAUUUGUCCAUCAGUGGCAUGCCCUGCACCACUCCCUCGACGCGAUCGUCUCCUCCAUCGACCGCCGCUCUCGGGAGCUCGACGGCCCGACCGAAGUAGAGAAGGGCGGUCCCGGCGACUACUACCCCCCUGCCGUGUCUUCCAAGGCUGUAGAUCGCGCUGCGGAGCUCCUCUCCAUCUGCGAGUCCACCGGCAGCCGCGCCCUCCGCAAGUUCGUUGUCUCCAACCUCUCCGACCUCGAGUGGCUCCGAGGUGAGGUUCCCGCUGCCCUCCGACGCGCCCCCAGCCCGGCCAAGCUUGUGCUCGACGCAAUGGGCCGCUUUUACCUGCAAGGCCGCAAGGCCUACGACCGCCCCAUGGAUGACCCCAUGGUCGUCUUCCGCCGGGCCUGUAUCCUCAUCCUGGAGUUCUACGUUCUCUCGGGAUGUUCUUCCGUGGACCCGGAAGAAUCGGUUAAGAAGGAUGCCCAGGUGGCCGCUCUAUCUUGGAGAACUCGGCUUGUCAAUGAGGGUGGCGUGCAGGUGGCAAGCGCCGUGGACGCACUUGGUCUGGUCCUCUUCCUAUCAUCCUUCGGCAUUCCAGAAGAGUUUGGGUGCACGGACAUGUACAACUUGCUCCGAUUGAGCAAUCUGAAGAAGAAAGCUGAUGUGUUCCGGAAAUCAUCUAUACUGUGUGAGAAGAUGCCAGAUAUUAUUAACGAUAUGCUAAGUAAGGAAAUGAAUGUUGAAGCUGUGAAUCUUAUUUGCGCUUUUGAGCUGAAGGACAAGCAUCCCCCUUUGCCCCUGCUGGUUUCCUUUUUGCAGAAAUCUACACUAUUUGCAAAAGAUGAACGAAUGGAAGGACAAUCUUCACUGAAAUCACUGCGAGAAGCCAAUGAGAAGCUCUUGGAGAGGCUUAAAUUGGUAGCAAAAUGUCUGGAGAACUACAAACUUGAUCCAUCUGAACUUGCUAGCUUCAAUAUCAAUCAGAAGAUUGCCAAGAUAGAAAGGGUAAUUGCCAAGGACGAGGAGAGAUUGAAAAAUAAGAACUUGAAAAGAAAGGCUCAGGAUUUGGGUCAAAUUCAACUAAAAAAUUAUUGGUGUUCUUCAGCCAAACCAUCACAUAGUAUCAUGCCUCAUUUUGGUAAGCAAUAUCAGGAGCAACAAAGUGCUUCGCUUGCUAAUCCCGAGGGCUACUAUGGGAGCUUAUACCGGAGGAAUGCUCAUGAUGAUGGAUUUGGUCUACAUAAUGGAUUAUGUGGGGUUAGCUCACUGACAGCGGGUGUCCAUACUUCAGCAGGAGUUAGCAGUGAACUUGUCGCAGCAACAGCAGAAGGUCCUGCUGGGUCAACAGUGGAGAACAGUUCUCAUCCAUUUACUAACUAUGAUGGAGAUUUAUAUAAACUGCAUGGGAAUGGAGCACUUGAUGAGAGAUUAGUGGGACAACAUUUUUUAGCAUCGACACAUUCCGAAGCCUGGAUGGGUCCAUCGUCAAUGGCAGGACAAAAUGUAUACUACUCACAAGCUUCGGGUGAUGGAUAUGGAACCGGGAGCUCAAGUACAAAUUUGUAUCAGUUUGCCGAUACUGUUUUAGAACGUGAAGCAUACUAUGCAAACUCCAGCAUAAGCAACCCCCCAACCAGUGUCCCCAACCAGAGUUACUACCCAUCAUAAUCAGUUCUACUGUGCACGAUCUAUUGUGAAUCAUCCCCCUCUUUUUCAAACCAUUUGGGGCAUUAAACAAAUUUGUUUUGCUAAAUGCUCAUCAUGCACACAAGAUCUCUGGCAAUAUCUCCAGUUCAGAACUCUAAUCUUGAUCAUUUAAAUUGGUAAAAAUGUGUAUGUUCUAUAAUUCUA